AUGGCUCAGCACACAGCAACCGCAGCAGCGCCUGAGACUCUGCCAAAGAAGAGAAAGACCUGUUGGCACUGCCAGCAAGAGUCCGAUCCCGCAAGUGUUUUCUGCUCCAACAACAAGUGCGGGGCCAUUCAGCCUGUGGGCCCAACAACAACCUACUUUGACGUGUUGGUGGGCGGCCGGCGAACCUUUGAUGUCGACAUGGGCGAACUGCGGCGGGUGUUCCUGAAACUGCAGCAGGGCGUGCAUCCCGAUAGCUACUCACAGAAGGAAGACAUUGAGCGGACUUUGGCCGAGACGCAGUCGUCGUGGAUCAACCGCGGAUAUGCUACCCUGCGCGACCCACUGCACCGGGCGCACUACCUGCUGAAGCUGGCCGGGCGUAAAAUCAACGAGGAGGACAAGAUCACUGACCCAGAGCUGCUGAUGGAGGUCAUGGAGCUGCGCGAGGAGAUUGAAAUGGCGCAGAGCGAGGAGCAGAUGGCCGCAAUAAAGCGCAGGAACGACAGCAGCAUUGAGCAUGUUGUUAGGGAACUGGCCGCGGCGUUUGGCCAAGACGACCUCGAUCGUGCGCGGCAGCUCACUAACCACUUCCAGUAUCUGCGCCGGGUGUCGCAGGCGAUCCAGAACUGGGAGCCUGGAAAGUCGGUAGAUAUCGGCAAUUGA